CGUUCAUGGGGCGCUUUAUAUGCUCGUUAUGCAGCGUUUUCGACGACAUCUCGACCGCUACUCUUCCAAUCUUCUACGAUCCCUUAAUCGACCCCUCUUACCUAUAUCUAAUUACUAUCUUUCAUCGGUGUCAUCGUUUCGCAUCGUUUCGAACAAUUUCUCAUUUCGUGCUCGUGCAUCGUCAUCGUAUCUUCGUCCAGUCGAUCAUGUAUCCCGACGAGUACCGCUCGACGCAUCUUCUUCUUCCAUCCCCCUCCGUGCAACGUUCGAUCACGUGGCCGGUCAAAGUCAACAAUUUGCACACGCCACAACGAUCCCCCCUCCCUCCACGAUCCUUCUCAAUCUUGGGAACGAACAAACGAUUCGCGAAGAGUUUCCAAUUCUCGUUCAACUUUCCUCUCCCCUCCUUCUCGUCGAAAUUCUCUUGGAAAAAUUCACUCACCCCUUCCCUUCAAAACUCACACGAAGUAUAUUAUUAAUCUUCCGAUUAUCCUCCUCAUCCCCCGUCAACCUCACUCACAGUCAUCCAUCAUCCUUCAACGUCAAUUCUCCGCGUCCUUGGAGCCCUUCCCCAACGGAAUCUCCUUCUUCUUGCCCUCUUCCAUUCUCCGAUUCCGGGAGAAUUCUCAGUUCCAGCCGGUGGCGGUGCAACACACUGACGGAUGGAAACGAAGCGCGGACGAAGGGCACAGGAGCGAUACCCGCGGUGAGAAGCUGUGUGAUUGAUACCGUGACGAGGACUGGCAAGGAUCCGUCAGGACCCUCUCUGACGUCGAGUCUGGGACGAGGCAGGGAGGAAUCGGGAGUCCCGCGGGAGACGCGGGGAGACAGGGAUCGGCCAACCAGGGAUGUUUCUCCUCUCCCACCACGUCCCACGGCUAAUGGACACCCACGAUUGGCUCCCCCGUCGACAUGGCGGACGGUGGAUACAGCCGCGUUCAACAGUUGGCGGUGGAAGGAUUCCAUUCCUCGGGCGAAGCGUGCACGCUUGGAAGGGUCUGCAUUGUGAUCCUGAUGGAGAGCGACAACGCGAGGAAGAGGAGCAGCGGAAAAUAAACGACGGGGCGAGGGAACGAUUAAACGUCCGUCCUGCGUCCAUCAAUAUCCACCGAAGCCGGCGAAGACGUUGGCCUCGAGAUUGGCCAACGUUUUGCACGCGACCGGCAAAGAUAUCCGCGCGCCAAUACCGGACAAUGCCCGACUGUCGGCAUUAUGGGGGACAUUGUCGUGGCUCUUGAUAUGAGCCCUGUUGCCUCGGGUAUACAAGCUGCAAUAUCGUGGCCAUCUCUCCAUCCUCUCCUUUCGUCCAGUCCUCUCCCUUUCGCUCGAGAUACAGGAGAAGAGGUUUGCUUGGAAAAGAACUUGUCUCUGACCAGACACCGUUUUGUUGCUGAAUUACGUUCUCUCCCGGGGAUGAGAUCAAUUUCGAGAAUGAAAUUGAGGGCGAAGGUUAAUUUUUAAUUCGUGAUUGAAAGGAUGAGCGAAGGUAGGUGCAAUUUUUAUUAUAAUUCGUGGAUCGUUGUAUUUUUUUUUUUUUUUGCUCUUUUAUAAAAUUUCCUUUCAAAGAGUUGUGCAUGACACAGGAUUCGUUUUGAAUUUUAGAAAUCGAUAACGGAAUGGGAUGAAGAAUAAUAGCAUAAUGCGGACGAAGGAAUUUGAUGGAAAUUCAAUCAGUGUUUUUCGCGUUACCUGUAAUUAAUCUGUUUUCGUUAAUACUAUGUUACGUAUACUCGUUUAAAAUUGAUCGAUUGAUUGGCUCCAUCGCUCGUGUACGUACAACAGAGAGCAGAGCGGCUCGUGGAUUGUUCGAUGCAAAUCUUUUUGCCGGGGCGUGUGAAUAAGCCCUUUAUCUGCGUGACCCUGUACACACAUUAUGUGCCAGCGAGAAGUGGUUGUCUGUGACCGGUUUGUCGCGACAACGGCCCUUUUUCCAAUUAUCGAUUCGAUCGGCCCUUUCCUUUCUGACUUCGUGCACUGGUGUAAAAAAAAAAAAAAAAUAGAGAGAGAGAGAGAGAGAGCAAGAUGCACAAUGGCCGAAAAUGUACAUUACAUUCACGCGGAUCGUCCCUUGGUUACCCACCGCACAAUAAAAUCGAAAUUAAACCCGUGAUACAUUGUUCGGCCACGGUUUAAAAUGGAACGCAUUUUCCGCGAUUCGAGGAAUUCAAUGGGAGGGCAGUUGAAUGGCCAAUUAAAUCGAAAAAAAAAACUCGGCAUUUCGAGCGAAACACUGGCCUUUUCCUUUUUUUCUCUCUUUUUUCAUUUUCCAUCGCGUUCCUUUUCAUCCGACUCGCCAACGUUUCCAAGUGUUUAUAAUUUGUUUCGAUUGCUAUUUUUUUUUUCUUCUCCUUUUUUACUCAUAACGUCGCAAAAGCUAUCGAAUGAUUCGGUUUAUUUCGUUGAUGUUGUUUUUUAUCUCGUAGAUAGGGAGAUUCAAUAGAUUUAAUGGAAAGAUGGAUUAGAUAGAUCGAAUUCUUCUUCGAAUUUUUACGCGAGAUUGAAACUAAAGAGAAAAAUUCGUGUUCAUUGAACAAACUCGAGAGCAGCUGUUCAAAGUGACGAGCAUCUCGAACAUCUUCCAAAUCGAUAAAGCCGAUGAUUGGCAAUCACACCCUUACCUUCAACCGCAGAAAAAUUUUAAAUUCUUCUAUCGUGGCGGAAAAAUUGAAAAAAUUGGUUGCUUUCCAUUUCGAUAAACACGAUUGUUCUGUAAAAAUUUCAAACUGUACGACGCAGCAUUCAAUAAUACCGUACCAGUCACGUACUAGAAAACUGGUGAAAACUCUUCCGUCCGCGUUCUCUGUCCCCUCUCUGUAAUCGUCAUUCCUUCCCUUCGCCUUGCUCUUGUGUAAUCGAUUUGCGGAAGUGGCGAUAAGUAAAACGUUAUCGCGAGUCCUUCUGUGGGAAAGAUAAACGGUCGAGCAGCUUGUCUUUCUUUCUUAUAAAAAGAACCGAGGUAAAGGACGAUCGUCGUCAACCAUGCCGUUAUUUCCGUGAACACGUUAUUUCGAUCGCGUUCGCUAUCUAAACUCCGUGAAUGUUUUUCACGGGGAAUCAUUUUCUAAGAGAGAAAAAGAGAGAGAGAGUUGGAAUUUUCUAAUUUUAAAAAAAUAUUAUAUUAAUUGUAAUAACUAAUUUUCAUACACGGAUUCCAUUGCAUUUUCUUCUGAAUAACUUUAAAUCGGUGAGAUAUAAAAUACGAAAGGUGGCUGGAUAAUUUUUGGACACAAUUAUAAUCGAUAUACGCCGAGGACAAAUAAAUAAACGAGAAACAAUUGGUGCAAUUGAAUUACCACGCCACUUUGAAUUUCUCGCAUUAAUAAAGUCGGAUUAAAUUACGAGUAACGCAUCAUUAGAUUUAAUAGUUUCAAAUUCGAAAGGUGGUUUCUUCGAUCCGUCAGUCAAGGGCCAUUGUUAAUCAAGGGCCACGGAGGUAACGGAUACUGAAUGCCCGCAAACGAGAAGGAUCUUUAAUAUUAGUUAGCAGAGGCGGAAGAAGGGUAAACAAUCGAUCUAACAACCACGUAGUUCGACCACCAAGAGUUGGAGAUCGAGUUCUGUGAUCGGGAUGGAAAAGAGUGGCCACCUUCCUCUAGUCGGGAUCCCGUUCGUUAUCCUUCGUCCGUCUCGACAAUCGAGAGAAAUGAAAGUUACAUGAAAGUAGCGAACUCUUACGCGACGGGGAUAAAAAAUGGAGGGAUGGGGUGCAAAUGAAGGUGAUCAUUUCUUCCUAAGCUUUUCGCGUUAUUUACUCUCGAGGAUUUGAGAUCGUGAUUAAAUAUAUAUAUAUUCACAUGUAUUAAAUUUAUCUUUUAAAGAAUUAAUCGAAGAGAAUAAAAGAAUUUCGAAGAGAAUUCGCGAAGGAAAAAUUUUUCAACGUGUAGCAACAAUAAAUAAUAAAAUCGUCCGAUCCGGAUAUCCCUCCGUCGAGAUAUAACAUCGAGCAGAUCUUAAAUUUAUCCUCGUUAUUCGCUUUCAUUAUUCCUCUCCAUUCUCCACCCACUUUGUUCUCGUUCUAUCUGCCCCGCCACGUCAAUUCGGCAAAUCUUUCGGUAAAUCUUCUUUCCUCGAUUCUCAUCGAAAUCCCUUUGCCUUUCAUUCUUCGGGAAAUAACGCGUUCCUUUGCCCCGGCGGGGUAAGCUGGCCGCGUUAUCCGCAGCACUUCCUUUCACCACGAUACGCGGAGACAAUUUUAUAUUAUUGCAUUAUAUUCCGUUGGGGCUCUCUGUGAAAAUUGCCUCUUCCGAAGAUUAUCGUAUUAUCUGGCCGUACAAGUGGCCGUUUCCAACAGGAGAUACUUGCCCGUUUAUCCGUUUAGUUCAUUCACGGGUUCACAGGUUGGUUAAGAGGACGAUCGAACGAUAAUUAGGUUUCUGCGAUUGUUAUUAUAUUAUGAUUUUUGCUGAAAUAAAAAAAAAAAACCAUUGAAAUCCUCGUUCGAUUCGCCUAGUUGAUAAUUCAAAGGUGAUUAAAGAAGAAAAGAAAAAAGAAAAAUGAAUCAAGAGAGAGAAGGGACAAGAUUUUUUUUUUUAAAUUAAAACAAGAAGAAUAUUCGUUCGAUUAUUACACGAUUUACAGAGUUGGAUUUAUUAAUGUUGACCGUAUAAUGUCGCGCGAUAAUUUACAGCAAUCGAUGAGGCAGAUUUUAAUCAGGACGGAAUUAUAAAUGCGUUUAACACGGGACUUCCCACCCGAUUACGGCGGAACGGUGACGAUUUUAUAGUCAAUUAUAACGAGGAUUAUUGGCCGAGGAUUUAUCCGCACGAAUUCGAAAAUGAAAAUGGUAUUCAUGAAUCGUUCGACAAUCCGCGGAAUAAGGCGGGAGCGCAAUUAACUACCGAAGAACGCGCGAAAGCGAACGUCUACGACAGCUCCAUUUCCCGUUAUCCCCGGGAGACCUUAACUUACGAUAAUGCUUAAGCUGAAGUAGAAGAAUCUGUCUUAUUAUAAUCUACGGCCGUGAUAAUUGCAUCCUGAAAUCCUUGGAAAUUUUUCGACAAUGAAAUUCACAUUGAAAAUUUCAUAAGAUUUUUUAUAUGUAAAAGAAGAAUUAUGCAGAAUGCAAUAAUAUUUGAAACGGUAUUUGAAAUAAUAAAUUCGCUUGUCCAAACGAAGAAGAUGAAAAUGUUUCGAAACGACCGAAUCAACGAUUUUAAAAUCAAUCGUUUGGAGUAAAAUACGAUUUUCAGCCGUUUUUCCAUAUUUUAUUUUGUUAAGUCGUUUGAAUCGGGUUUUGGGAAAUAACGAAGAAAAAAAGGGAGGAAGAUGUGGGAGGGCGCGAAGAAAGAGACGAGGGUUGAGAUGGUAUGGCGGGUAGAUAAAGUUGGCACAUCGAAUAAGAGAAAGUGGCUGCGUAUAAAUGCUGCCUGUGGAUCGUGCGGCAGACACGAAUGCGGAAAUGAAGCAAAUCGGUAGAUACGAUACGGAACAUUAGAGCCGCUAUCUAAUAACGGACGUUCAGAAAUUACCUGAGCCUUAUACGUGCAAUUUAACUGGUAUUAUUACUAAAAUUUUUACAAGUCACAAGGUAUAAAUUGUCAAUGUUAUAUAAAUUCUUUUAUAUGAAGAAAAA